AUCAGGUGAUAGUCAGUUGGGUCCCUUUCUUCCUCAUGAGAGUGUGAACAAUAAUUGGACUAAAAUCUAGUUUGAGCUUUAGGCUAUCAAAGGUACUAAAAAUAAUAAAAUUAAAAAUUAAGAGGAAAGAAUUAAAAUAACGCGUGAAAUGGGUGUAUUUGGAGAAAGAAGAAACCGCUAAGAAACCACCCAAAAGGCAAAACCUUACCUUGCAAAAAGGGAUUCACUCCAAAUUAAUUCCAAAAAUGAAUUGUAGAUAAGAUUAACAGAAGGCAGGUAGGAAGCUCAUAGAGAUGAGACUUUGAGAGAAUCUCCAAAAGGAAGAGAGGAAAGGAAAGGGGAAAGGGCGUGUGUGGGUUGGAAUAAUUGAACUGAAAAGAGAGGUUUCAAGCAGAAAACCUGUUAGGAAAUUCGCUCCGUAAUCUUAACGAAAAUGAAACGCAAGGAUUUUGAUGAUAUAUGUGAGGAAUUCUCUUCCGUUUAUUUCUCUUUGCCUUCCACCAAAGCCAGAAGACUGGUACGUCUUUCUCUCAAAAGUUCUUACUUGCAAUCGAUUCUCAAUCUGUAUUUCCGUUCUUAUAAUUUAUUGAUGCUGAAAUAUUUCCGAUUAGAAAUGAAGACUCAAGAACUACAGCACCUCAGACAGUGGAACAUGCAUGCUGCACAAGAAUCUUUUCCAGAAGAAAUUUGUCCCUCGGAUGAGAAAGCCCUUGUCCUCUAUAACCCUACAGACACACCGCUUUUGAGAUUACCACCUCCACCUGAUUUUUCCAUCAUCCUCAACUCUAACUUGGUUCCGGGUCUAAAGGGUAAUCACCGCCAACAGACAGACUCAUGUCCUACUUUCUUAUUUAUCUUCGUAGAAGCUCAAGCAUUUGAACAAAACAAUUUCAUCAUUGGGUUUUGAUCAAUGAAUGUUGAUGUAUCAUUUGCCAAAUUAACCAAGUUAAUUAUAGUUUCCAAUUCAAUUUCUGGCAGAUAUAUUUUUGUUGGGACAGUCAAAAACAUUGAAGCAAGACAAGUAUGAAGUGGGCAAAGAACAAACCAAUUCAUGCUUAGCCAUUGUUCCAUGGGGACAAUACAAUCUUCCUGUGACAUCAAGAGGAGAGGAAGAGGAAAUGUCAGAUCCCAUGGAUGCCGAAGAGGUGGACAUGAUGGACACAGAUGAGUGCAAUUUUGGUUGCAGUGGUGGUACAGCUACAGCUUUUGGGUUGGAUGGAAUGGAUUAGGAGCUGCAAGAAUGCUAUUAUACCGGCAGCAGCAGCAACAACAACAAUAGGAACAGUCCAAAAUAACGCCUAAUCCCAUCUCUUGGUAACAAAUUGUCAUUAAGCUUUUUGGUUAUUAGAAAAACAUGUACAUUGCCAAAGAAAUAUAAGCACACUGACAGUGAAUUCUUGGGGAAAAAAAUUUAGAUUACUUUUUUUUUUUUAUAUUGAUGAUGAGAAUGACCAACACUUUAUGCUCCUUCAAAAUCAAAAUAUCAGAAUAUCAAAUAGGAAUUGAAAUCUUCAAA